AUGAGUAUCGAGCGCGAGGAGUUUGAUCCUGAAGGAGACACAUUGAUCAUAAUUCCUGCGAAAUCAGUCAGAGUUGGCCAACUUGGCUUGCUUCAACCUGCUGCUGAGCCACAGCCCGAGUAUCAUUUCUUGUGCUCCAAGAAGCAUCUUUCCACAGCUUCACGUCGUGCUCAUAAAGUGCUGUGUGGGGGAUUUAAAGAGUCAAUUCCAGACGAGGGCGAUGGCCUUCAUCAUUGGACUAUCCAGCCGAUUUUUGAUUCAUAUGCUUGGAAGAUUGUGUUGAAGAUUAUCCAUGGGAGAAAUCGGGAUCUUCCUCGUACCGUCACAGUAGAGCAGUUAGCUGGAAUAGCUGCCAUUGUCGACGACCUAGGGUGCCAUGAGGUUGUUUGGUUCUUUGCUCAAGGAUGGCUCCCUCAACCCCCAUACGCAUUUCAUAUCCUCACCGAGCAAGACACUGCCAGACUAAUCUUGAUCGCAUUCGUCUUUGACCAGCCUGAAAUGUUUCAGUAUGCAACCCAACAAGCCGUUGUGGAAACUUUUCCCAAUUCAUUUGAAUUUGGGAUCCCAAUCCGUCCAAUCAUUCUUGAGCACAUCAAGGAACAGAGAGAUGCGGUGGUUCAAAGCCUAUUGGACGGCCUCAAACAGAUACAAAAUCAGCUACUUGAGAAGAAGUUGGGCUGUAACUUUGGUUGCAGAGCCAUGUUACUUGGGACUCUGAUCCAGAAGUUGGACAUACGUCCGCUUGGGAUGUUCAGCGCAGCCUUGCCCCUUGAGUCGCGGAGUAUCGACAUGAUCGUUCGUUCAUUGCGAGAAGGUCAGCCGAUAGUUUACUACGGCCCUAGGGAACAAAGUAUCGAAGGCAAACGCUCAAAGGAAUGGAGUCACACAUCUGGCAUGUAUCGUAAGGCUGAGACUCCUCAAACGCUU